AUGACAUAUAUUAAUUCUUCCGUCAUUCUGUUCUUCUUUAUACUUCAUACAAUCUUAGGAAAUCCAAUUGCUAUUGAAGAUGAAUCAUAUGAGUACGGUGACAACUUUCAAGGUGACAUAAUUCUAAGUGAGGAACUAGAAAAUGAUUUGAAAGGUUUAAAUAGCAGGCGACAGAGAACGGGGUUGAUAGACACAAGAUACAGAUGGCCAAAAGAUGCAUCUGGUAAUGUCAUAGUUCCUUACACAUUUGAUUCUUCAGCUGCUGAUCCUGAGAAAAAUAUUGUCGUCGAAGGUCUUCGUGAACUUGAAGCACAAACUUGCAUUAAAUUUAUUCCAAGAACAAAUGAAAAAGAUUAUGUUGAGAUUAUGAACGGCAGUGGUUGUUCGUCUUAUCUUGGGAGACGAGGAGGCAAACAAACUAUGUCAUUAAAACGUUUUGGAUGCGUGCAUAAAGGAGUUGUGAUUCACGAAUUUAUUCACGCUUUGGGUUAUACUCACAUUCAUAAUCAUGUUGAUAGAGACAAAUACGUAACUGUGAACUUUGAAAAUAUUCCUCAAGACAAACGUCAUAAUUUUGUGAUCGUUAAUGAUGCCAGAUACGGAAACUACAAUACUGAAUAUGAUUUCGACUCAAUCAUGCACUACUCGCGGAGAGCUUUCUCAUCUAAUGGACUUGAUACAAUUGUGCCACAUGACACUAGUUAUUAUUACAAAAUAGGCCAAAGAUCAAAAUUAUCCUUAGGUGAUGUCACUCGAAUAAGAAAUAUGUAUCAGUGCCACGUUUAG